UAUCUGCUUCCGUCAGGCCAGUAUUAUGGUGCCACCUAGCGGUCACGUAUCACAUCACAGCAUUUCAGCUCCUCGCUUUGUUUGUCUUUGCUGCCAUUCCGUAUCUUUGUGCUCCUGAUUUCAAGAUGGCGGCGUCCGUGAGGCCUGUGUGCUGUGCAGGUUUCAGGCAGUCGUUGUCUCGCGCUCUCUCCCUCACUGCCGGGACUCGUGCUGGAAAGAAGUGGCGAGUGGAGAACAAUCUGGCUCCUAGUGGUACAGAAUACGGGCCUCUAACAGACCUUCCAGACUGGACCUUCGCUGACGGACGGCCGGCUCCCCCGCUGAAAGGGCAGGAGAGGAGGAAGAAAGAAAGGGAGGAGUUUGCGAGGCGUGUGGUUCUUCUCAGCUCAGAGGUGGAUGGAGGGAUGCAGCGAUGGAGGGAGGGGAAAGAGGAGGAAAGAGCAGCAGAGGAGAGAAAGAAAUCACUCCAGCUGAAGCCCAAAGGCCACCAUCUACUGAAGAACAAGAAAUAAAAAAAACACAUUUGAAAUGUUCUGUGGACCAGAAGGCCUGUUUUUGUGGAGAAGUCUGGCGUCUGUCAGCAUGAUGGUAGAAUACAGCAUUUCCAUCUCUCCCCAGUUACAGCUGCAGUCUUCUGAUCUCCAGAGCCAUGAACACACAGUAAAUCACUCACUAAUCCUCUAAUUUAUGCAUUUUCUGUAACGCAAGCUAGUGCUAGCAUUCUACAGCACUAUAUUACCAGAUUAAGGAAGAGAUUGCUACUCUUCUAUAACCCUGUUUGUCCAGUAACACAGGCUAGCGCUAGCCCUCUACAACACUGCGCUAGCAGAGUGACGUAAGCCAGCGCUAGCCCUCGACAAAACGCCAUUUCCAACAGUGAAGUCAUGGCUGUGUUCUAAGUCUAUGACCUUUCAAACCCCUUGCUCAUAAACAGGGAAUAGAAAGGGAAAUAAGAAUUUUGCUGUUGAGGAGGUUAAUAACUUUAUUAACAGCAUUGUGUGAAUUAUGGGGUUUCCUCCCAUUCUUUUACACAUUUGUGAAUGUAGCAUCUGCACGGUCACAUGAUUAUCGUUCAUGAAGCAUCAGGCUGGUCGUAAGGAGAAGCUUGUACCAGUCAAGUUUAGAAAUGGUCACUUUUGUGGAUAAAGUAAUUUAUUGGGAGAGAGGUUUGGAGUUUGAUUGUCUGUGCUGCCAGGUGUCUGUGAAACACGUGAAGACUUUACACAACAGCCAUAAUACUGCCAAUAAUUAUAUCUUCAUAUAUGCAUUUAUUUAAUUUGGUUGCUCCUUGAAACUAUACAUCCAGAGUUUUUCAAAAGUUAAAAACAAAAUUCAAAUCACAAACUCAUGUUGUGCUGCAUGUACAAAUAAUUAUUUAAAAGUAUGAAUAAAAGCAGAAUGUUUCAUGUCUGCGUUAUCAUA